CUUGAGGGUACCUCUUUCAAAGGCUUUGAGUUCUUCCUUGGAGAAAUAGAGUUGUAUGACUGCGGCUUCACUCUAUUUCCACGAGAAUGAGGCUUAGAGCAUGUCUUAAAAGCUGUAGAUUUUCUAAUAAUAACUGGACAAUCUUUGAACAAUCACCCCUUACAGGAAAUUUCUCAAAUGUUCAUAAAAUCUUCUUUAUUAGGUUUCCCUUUGUUAUCUUUGAGAGUAUUUGAAAACUGAUGAGUCACCUUAGGCAUCUGAGGUGAGCAAUCUUCACUAUCAUCAUAAGAUACCAGGUCAUCACUCCAUAUAUCUUUUGAUAAAAGAGAUGCCUUCUUU